GUUUUACCAAGAAGGAUCCCGUUUCGGUUUUUAACGCAAGCGAACUCAUCCGAUCUCAUUUUUUACCUUCUAGCCUUCUAGUAACCAUAGACGACGAUGCAGCAGCAGCAGCAACAACCGCAAGCAACGACGCAGAACUCCACGCUGCCACAGCCUUCCUUUGCGGGGUCCACCACGGUGGAGGCGCCGCCAAAACAGGUGGCGCAGGCGAUGGAGCGGCUUUCUCAAGCCAGCCGCCUCAUCGCGGACAUUAGGAUUGGCGCCGACCGCCUCCUCGAAGCCCUGUUCGUGGCCGCUCAGCCGCACCAGAGCUCCAAGCCUCUCCAGUUGUUCCUCAACGAGGACGCCUCCAUGCGCCAACACCUCCUCGACCUCCGCUCCGUCGGAAGACAGCUGGAAGAAUCUGGAGUUUUGAACGAGUCUCUGCGAUCGCGGAGCAAUUCUUGGGGAUUACACAUGCCGUUGGUUUGUCCGGAUGGCGCUGUGGUUGCGUAUGCUUGGAAGCGGCAGCUUGCCGGCCAAGCUGGUGCUUCUGCAGUUGACAGGACCAGGCUAGCUCUCAAGGCAUUCACUGAUCAGAAAAGGCGAUUUUUUCCUCACCUUGAUGAUGCAUCAAAUGAUCAAUGUAAUGAAUCAGCUUCGAAGAAGCAACGCAUUUCCCAAGCACCCGCAGCACAUAAUCAAGAAGAUGGUUUAGAUUGCAAAACGCUAUCAGAGGUUUUACUGCGUAUGGAAAAGGUUCCUAAUUUGAAAGUUUCCAUUUAUGAACGAUUGGAUUGGUUGAAACGAGCAUCUUCACUGCCAGAAAAUGAGAGUUCCAGUGAAACAUUAAAGGAUCAUGGUUAUCAUAGUUCAAGUAAGUUACGAUCAGGUCCGCCUGAUGUUGCACCAGAUAAGGUUGCUGUCAUUGAGUUGCUGUUUCCUUCUACCUUCAGAGCUGUAGUUUCAUUGCAUCCUGCUGGUUCUAUUGACCCAGAUGCAGUGGCAUUUUUUUCUCCAGAUGAGGGAGGCAGCUACAUACAUGCAAGAGGUGUUUCAAUUUAUCAUGUCUAUAAGCAUAUCACGGAACAUGCUGCUACUGCUUUGCAGUAUUUCAUUGGAGUUCGAGCUGAGACAGCUUUACAUUGUCUUUUGCAUUGGAUCUGCAGCUAUCAAACUCUCUUUACAAAAGUUUGCAGCAAGUGUGGACGGCUGCUAGCAAUGGACCGGAAAUCAGCUCAACUGUUACCGCCAGUUUAUCGUCCUUAUCGGCAGUUCACCACAUUGAAUGUGUCAUCAAGUUUGAAUGUUUCCGGGGCUUACCACGUAGGUUGUUUCUCAGAGGAAUUGUGAUCUCCACUGUUGACAGGUGUUAUUAUCUUUAAUCGGCAUAAGUCUCAGUUGUGCUAUGGGAAAUCGCCCUUCUGAUGUUGCCCAAUAGAUUUUAUUUGUAGAAAAAGAUGCAAGCAGUGCCUAGACAGAAUUCGUGACAUUCAUGUAUGUGAUCAUACUUCUAGAACAAGGCCGAGUGCUUGACAUUUGAGAAAAAAAAAAACUUCUAAUUGUAGUUUGCUACAGCGGACCGUCGUAAUUCCAUGUUAGGUUAAAAGGAAAUUCGAUAUAUUUGUUGUGGGAUUCGUUGUUCGGCUUGCAGGAUGUAUACCGUUUACUCGCAAGAGUAGAUGUCACCUACAUGCUGUUCUAUCAUCAUUUUGAGUGCAAUAGUUGCAUACUUGCAUGAAGCGCGCUCGGGUGUAAAGUGAUUGUAGUUGGACAUUGAGAUCAGAUUGAAAUAUUUACGUUGUUAAGCA